CCGGAUGAAUCAUCUUCAAAAGAAUAGACGAUCUUUGUCAGUGGAGGUGACCGCCGUGACCUAGCAACCAGCUACAACAAACUACAAAGAGCACAGCGCCGACAUUAACGUCAGCGAGCUAACCAGCUUUGUGUAUAAGGAAAACCAACCAGACGGAACACUUUUCUUUUUUAGUGUAAAAAAAAAAAUGGUGAAACAGACGAUACAGAUAUUUGGUCGCGUUAAACCCACUAAAAAAACUACGGUGGUGUACUCUGUGGACAAUGAGGAGCAGACAGGUGCUUCACUAGAGUUUGUGGUGCCCAGGGACCUGGCUGAUGGCUUUGUUAACAACAAGAGGGAGUGCUACAAGUUCAGGUUCCAAAAGGUGUUUGAUCAUGCAGUCAAACAAGAAGAGAUAUUUGAAAACAUUGCCAAACCAGUUGCAGACAGUGUAUUGGCUGGCUAUAAUGGCACCAUAUUUGCCUAUGGCCAGACGGGCAGUGGGAAGACCUUUACCAUCACAGGAGGGGCUGAGCGCUACAGUGAUCGUGGCAUUAUUCCCCGCACCCUUUCCUACCUGUUUGAACGCUUCAGCCAGGACAGCAGUAUGGUUUAUUCCACACACAUCUCCUACCUGGAAAUCUACAACGAGAUGGGAUAUGACCUUCUGGAUUCCCGUCAUGAAGCAUCUCGACUGGAAGACCUACCAAAAGUAAUGAUCAUGGAGGAUCCAGACCAGAACAUCCAUCUCAGGAACCUGUCACUGCAGCCGUCAGCAAAUGAGGAGGAGGCUCUGAAUCUGCUCUUCCUGGGUGACACCAAUCGUAUGAUUGCAGAAACUCCAAUGAAUCAGGCAUCCACACGUUCCCACUGUAUUUUCACUGUGCACUUGUGCAGGCGUGAGCCUGGCUCGGCCACCCUGCGGCGCUCCAAGCUCCACCUGGUGGACCUGGCUGGAUCAGAUCGAGUUAGCAAGACUGGCCUGAAUGGGCAGCUGCUCACUGAGGCCAAGUACAUCAACCUCUCCCUCCACUACUUGGAGCAGGUGAUCAUAGCUUUGUCAGAGAAGAACCGCUCACAUAUUCCUUACAGGAACUCAAUGUUGACCUCUGUGCUGAGGGACAGCCUUGGGGGCAACUGCAUGACUACUAUGAUUGCCACUAUGGCAGUGGACAAGAGGAACCUUGAUGAGUCCAUCUCUACGUGCCGCUUUGCUCAGCGCGUGGCUCUCAUCAAGAACGAGGCGAUAUUGAAUGAAGAACUGGAUCCUGCCCUGAUAAUAGCGCGUUUGAAGAGGGAUAUCCAGUCCCUGAAGGAAGAGCUGGCCAUGGUGACAGGGGAACAGAGGGAUGACAAGCUAACUGUGGAGGAGAUCCAGAAGUUGGAAGAGUUAGUCAAGGCCUUUCUGGAUGAUCCUGAUCCAGAUGUGACACUGUCAUUGGGACCAGACAUGAGAAAAAUCCAGUACUGUUUCUCCCUGCUGAAGGUAAUGAUCAUGGACAAGCAAGGUGGAGGAAAGAGGCACAGGGAUGGGCAAGAGUCACCAGUGAGGGAAGAAGUAAUUCAAGACAGCCACCACACUGCAGCAGAAGUGACCAGAUUAAAGGAGAUGCUGACGCAACGUGAUAAUGAGAACAGUAUCCUAAUUAAGAUGUUGAAGAAGGAGAAAAAAAGGGCCCAGGAUGCUGUUGCUCAUCUUACUAACAUCACCAAUGUCCAGAGCCCGGCCUCCCAGAGUGCCUUGAGGUUGUCCACAAUGCCACUGUUGAGGGAUGGAAGCACAGACACCAUCUCUGAAGACCAUGGAGGACAAGCAAGACAGUACAUGAAAAUAGGUCCACAGCUGUCUAUGGGAAAGCAAGAGGCCUUUGAGACCUUCAUCAGGGACCAUGGGGACCAUCUGAUCAUUGAAGAAAACAAGAACCUCCUCAAACAGAGGUCAGCUGAGGCCAGAGGACUUGGGGAACAACUGAAUGAAGCCAGAAACAGAAUCAAUGAGUUGAAGAAGCAGUUAGAGAUGCAGAGGAGGCAGAGGGCAGCUCAUGGUGUUAUGUGGAAUCACACAGAGGUUGAGGAGGAGGUCGAUCCGGUGGAAGAAAACCUGUGCAAACACAUUAAGCAAGAAAAAGAGUUUUACAAGAGCACCAUUGCCCGUCUAAAAGCGUUGAGGACAGAGAUUGAGCACCUGCAGCUGUUGUUGGAGCGGGCAAAGGUCAAGCUCCAGAAGGACUUCCAUAAGUGGUGGAGCCAGGAGGCUUCCCGUGUGCAGGAAUCUGAGUCAGAGACCAGAGCCAGACGCCACACAGGGUCACCAAGUGGAACCUUGCAGCCGUCUUCACCUGGUGCUCCGGGAUUUGGUGCACCUGCUCUGAGCAGUACUGUGAGAGACUCUCCAGCAGGCCCAGACCUGGAUCUCAGAAGCUUCGUCCCCAAGAGCGUACCUCCCUUGACAGCUGUCCCAGCAUGGCAUGAUAAGCCUUUGGAUGGGAGGAUGACUGACUUCACUCCUUCACCUGAGUGGAGGGCCCUUUCCACCACCAAGCUCUCAUCCUCUAUAACCCUGACUGGAGACCAACAGGCCGAUGCUGACAUCCUGGCCUUUGUCAGAGCCAGGCAAAACCUCCUCAACAGGACAGGCCCACCUCAGUAAUAACAUGAAGUUCUGAUGAAGGCCUGAAGUUAUCGUCACGUGACUGCUUCAUCUGUCAGAUGAUAGAAUGAUCUUAAAAAUGUAUGAGUAUCAAUGAGUAUUGAUGGACGGACAAUGAAGAUGUGAGAAAUUAUCUCAACUGGGUCGAGACAUACUAGAUCUCUCAUAAAAAGACCCCUCUGACAAACACAAGCCACACAUCCUGUCUGAUUUUUACAUGCAUACACACACUUGUUGACCUUCUGGAGAUUAUGCCAGCGAUAUAAUGGGCAGCAGUAUAAAUCACAGCCUGUGCCGGCCAUUUGAUCUGAACAAAUGUUGUCUCAAGAUAUCAGAGGAAGGAGCGGAAAAUAGGAAAGCAGUUGGCUCCAGCAUGUGUUUAAAGAAGUAAUGAAUCAUGACUUUUUAAAUGGUCACAGGAAGUUCCGACCUGCAGAAUGAGACGUGCAUUUCAUAUUUCUGUCUGGUUUCAUUUUAUUAUAAGUGUAACAAAUUUUGUGUAAAAUGUUGUACAUAGAGGUGUGUAAUGUAUGUGCAGUAGUGUACCUGUUUAUUUCUGAUAUACUGUAAAGAAAAGAGUAAUAUUGUUUUUUAAAAUCUGCACAAAAUUUUGAAUCAAAAAUAAAGCUACAUAAUGACAAAGUG